GAAACAUCUCAAAUGUAUGGGAAAACUCUAAAAUGACUAAACCACAGAGAUAGAAUUUAACGUGUAAGGACCGUUUGGAUCGCUGCUGAUUUUUUUUUCUUUUCCCUGCUUUCUCUCCAAUUAAUACUCAGAUCAUCUGCUACUUUUUUCCUUUGCUCUUCUGUUCUUUCCAACCUCGCAGUCACAGAUUUGUUCUCACACUGAGCUGUUGGUUGUUCACUACAUUGGGAAACUUUACCUCUUGUUGACCAUCAGACAUCACCCUCCUGAAUCCCUCUGCAAGACAAAUAUAGAUAACACAACAUUAUGCCCGUUCAUAAGGAGUGCGCAAUAGAUGAAGCUACACAGGUUGUGACGUCCUCUUCCAACGCGGGAAAGAAGGGGAACGUGGAUGUUGCACAGCUACACAACAAGUUGUUGGCGAUAUCAUCGUCAUCGUCGUCCUUAUCGUCAACGUCCUUACAGUCGCUAUCCCUGGUGUCAACAAACGAUGCGGGAGACUUCUCGCAAACACCCCAGCAGACGCUUACAAGGGUUCAAAGCACGAACAACCUAACUGAUUUCUUCAUCCAUGACGAGAUCAACCCUCACACCACUGAUAUUCUUAGACCUGGUGCGACGUUUGUUGGAACGCAGCAGAGUGGCCGCUCUACGUAUGAAGUUAAGGUUGAGUUGAAAUACGUUGAUUUGGAUCAGUCGUUCUUCUGUGGGUACAUCAACAUCAAAGGCUUGACAGAAUCACGUCCUGAGUUGAUUACCUAUUUCGAAUCUGAAAUCAUAUCAAAAGACGUUUCCUUCUUCACCAGGGAUAAGUCCUGGGGCGCAAACACCGAUAUUGACAUCCAACAUUGGUCAAAAUUCCCUGCAUGGCAUACGACUCUACCAGUUAAGAAGAUUCUCGAUAAGAGCUAUAUCCAUAAGGAACCUUUUAAAAAUCAAUAUCUCUUCAUGAGAUGGAAGGAAAAGUUCCUCGUUCCAGAUGCAAAGUCCGACGAUCUCGAAGGUGCUUCGUUUGCAGGGUUCUAUUACAUCUGCUUCAACCAAAUAACAGGUGACGUGAGUGGGUUGUACUACCAUAAGUCCUCAGAAAGAUUCCAACAGUUGGAACUAUGCCAUGUUCCAACCAAUGGUGUUGCACCAACUUUCCAAUUCUUGUGAACUGAACCAAUGAAAAAACACAAGAUAUAUAUUCUAAUGACCCCUUGUGAUGAUCUUCCUCAUACCCUUUCCAAUCUGUUUGUGUUUCGGUUUCAUGUCCUUUAAUGCUUUUCGUUUCCUUUCUUUAAUCUUGAUAACAUGCAUUGCACAUUGAUAUAUCAAAAUUAUACGCUUAGAAUGUUAUAAAGAUGCGUACUUUCGUCAGUAAUACAAAUUGAUCUUUGCUCUAUAUUCUCAGCCUUUGUUGAUUGAUAGUGCCC